UGAAAAACUAACAAAAUUCAAAUAAUUUUAUCAAAAUAAGAUUUAUAUUAUCUUACUAUAAACCAUGCUCAAAUAUUCGGUCAUUAUUUUAUUAUCUAUGGCUGUGACCUAUUUGGCGGCUCAGGAUAUUUUCACCGAUGAAAUGCGCAAAAAUACCAGGAUGAUAUUAUGCGGUACUUGCAAAGAUGACCCGGUUAAACAGGAUUUGAUUAAUUUUGGCAAAUGUGUUCAGGAAAUGUAUCCCAAAGAGUUCGCUAAUAUAAUGACAAUAAGGGAAAGGUUGGCAAAUGAUGGCGAUGAAUGUCUUAAGCAAAUGGUAGAGGAACUAAGAAAUUAUGCUAGGUCUGAUCCUGCUGCUACCAUGAUAAGUUCUAAUCAGGGUAUGCAAUGUAAGGACGAAGAGGUGAAGGCCAGUAUAUUUAAGUUCGUGGAGUGCGUACAGAAAAAAUACCCUGAUCAUGUGGAAGCCCUCAUGUCCAUAAGGGCGUCUCAGUCCACUAAUCCGGAUGAAUGUAUGCGUCAAAUACGUACGCAAGUGAUGGAUAUCCGUCGUAAUCACCCGAACGCUAUCCAAGAUGUGAUGGGAUGUAUGCGACAGACUAUACGGCUCACACAACUCGCACGGUGUCGUACCGAUCUCGGUUCCUGGUUAUCCGGAGCUGCGAUAAGCCGUGAAGGCGUUCUCUCUCCGUGUCCACGGAGGAAGAGGUGGAGGACUGCUCAGCAGAGCCCCACUGACCACCAAAACACCGAUUUCUGUGGCAGACAUACACUUUGUUUGCAGACUACGUCUCACUUCAGUACAUCACCUGAUCUGCAAUUAGUAUUUCCGGUUUACCGCUACUUCCGGAAGUGA